CUGACACGCUGUGGGACAUUCUGGCUUUUCCUGGCUGACACUCGUAUUAUUAAUGGUUAGGAUGUUUUAUGUGUUUCUUUGACACCAGCUCACAGGCUCUAUUCUGGACUAACGGCUCUAAAUUGUAUUUAAAAAUCUAGUCAUUAAGAAAGACACAAAACUUACACUGACAAUAUGCAUAUAAACGAUCAUGGGCAGUGAGGUGAGAAAUGUUUUAUAUAGUACUUGUUAGUAAUAGUAAUUGUUAUUGCGCUCUGGACAUACACCUGCAAAAGUCUCCUGUUUGCGUUCAUGGUGAGAUCAAUAAUCAGAUUUUAAAUUGGCGCGUUAGUGUGUUUUCAAACAACUGUCUAGUGUUCCGCAUGAGUUAUAAAUGACACCAGAGCUGCCGCCAAGUCACAUAUUUAGCUCGGUUUAAUCCGCUUUUGGUUUAUUAUUACCGGUAAAAUACACCUGGUUUGAAUGAGAAUUAAUGUGCUUCUUGCAUUUUUGAUUAUUGUAGAAAAAACAUAAUCAAAGUGCUUUUUAUAACAAUCUAAGGUUCUAUAAGAACGAUGCCCACUAGAAACCGGCGCUAGAAAUGAUCGCUCACACGUUGACAGACCUCGCGAAGGAAGUCCCGCCUCCCGCUCGUGUCGCGCGCAGUGACGUCAGUUCCUCCAUACGAAAAACAUGGCGGCUACCGGCCCAUCAGAAUCGGCUGAAUCCCAUCCCACAGAUAUAGUUAUUAAGACCGAGCCAGAGUGCGGGGACGCGCUGUUCUUCGGACAUGAGGACGUCGCGGUCAAACGGGACCCCGUCGUCCCGCUCCUGGCGCCGGUCAGCGGCCUGCACCCGCUCGCCUGGUCGCAGGACCACCGCCUGGCCGUGUGCACCACCUCCUCCUUGACGCUGAUGGAGCUGGUGUGCGACGUCCACAGCAACAAACAAGAGCUGACUCUGCACAGGACGUCCAUCCCCGUCCAGACCCACGCCUACAGACUGCGGGUGGGACCAGAAGAAGAGCUGGCUGAAGCAGUAGAGAAGUUCUCGACACAUCCAGACCCCACUGUGAGGCAGCUUUUUCUGGCAGACAGAGUGAUGAACCCAUCGUUAGAGGUGCACAAAGGAAUCAAAUACGCCAGCUGGUCUCCGUUGGGUUGUGACAGAAGUGGACGCUGUCUGCUCGCCUGUCUAACUCUUGACCAUAGACUUUCCAUUCACAACAGCCACAAGCGCCUGGAGUGGACCAUGCUAGUGGACCUCACCCAGAAGUACGGCGAGAGGUUAAAAGAGCGAGGCUUUGCCAAAAAAGACAACACGCGUCCACAGUCGAACCUGCUGGACGUUGAGGAGCUGCAGCGGCGCUUCCGCAUGCAGACUCCUCUCAGAAUGGAGUGGUCCAGCGUUUACACCAUCAAGCAGGUUCUGCCAGACAACACAUGCAUAGAUGUGGAGAUGGUCCUCCUGGCGGUGUUGAUGGAAAAUGGGGACCUUGUUUUGUGGAAGUUUGUGUUGCCCUUCGUAAACGGAGCAGAUGUUUUGUUUUACGACCUCAUCGAAUCGGGCGUCAGCAGGCCCAGUGACCUGGCCUGGUGGGAGUACGAGAACGCAGACCGCCGGAUGAGCGGCCUGAUCAUCGGCAGUGAGGUGGGGCCCGUCAAGAUCGUGCCUGUGAGUCUGACAGGAGUUAAGGGUUACUUUACUCUGCGACACCCUGUCAUUCUCUGGAAGGAGUGCGACGAGAUUGCUGUGGAAAACAUCAAAUGUGUCCCGAUGAUUCACCCGAUACGUAAAUCCAGCUGCAGCCUCAUCAUCGCCUCGCGCGGCUGCUACGUCUUUUGGUGUUUGCUCAUGAUUUCGCCAGCGGGGCUAAAUGUGCACAACUCCCAUGUGGCGGGGCUGCACUCGCUUCCUGUGAUCUCGCUGGCGGUCAGUCAGCACGGCGUUGCAGUGUACACGUGUUCCUUGGACGGUUGGAUUAAAAAGCUGACGCCAACAUUUACAGAAACAAGUUUGAUUUUCAAGCAGGAGGACAUGGUGCGACCUGAAAACCUAACAGACAGGCGAAUACACGGGAUCGCAGUGAGCUGCAACGGGGGCUAUAUUAGUAUGGUGAGCACACAGGGCAUGGUGGACAGCCACCACCCUGUCAACAGGACCUACCAGGUUCACUUUGUGACCCUGAAAUCGCCAGAAACAGCGGCAGCAAUAUUGCUGAAGUCCCCCAUCCAGAACCUGUACAAGAUGGCCGACCUGCUGGAUCUGGUGAGGUGGCAAAUAGUGAAAAGCAAAUGCAUCCCUGCCUCACUUCAAGACGAGCUUGAUCAAAAGAUCCAGGAGGUGGACUUGCCCUAUUUGUGGCGUUUUAAGCUGUUUCUGGUGCGCAUCCUUUACCAGUCACUGCAGUUGCCCUCUACAGAUCAGCACUGGCAGCCUACGCAUGGGGGGGGCAAGGUGUGUGUACAGGAUGAGGAGGACGGAGAGGACGAGGAAGAGGCCGCCGAGGGGGAAGGCAAGGCUGAAGAAGCGAAACAGGAGGACAGCAGAAAGGAGCAGGUGGAAGAGGUGCAGGCGUGGAUCAACGCUGUGGAGACUCACCUGCUGAGAGAACACAUGAAAAAGGUGUUGGGGGUGGUGUACCUCAACACCUGGAUAGCGCAGAACAUCAGCAUACCCACCUGUGGCCUCGUGGAGCACCUCGCCCAAGACACCAAGGACAGAGCUUCAGAGGUUCUGAUCGGACACAUCAGGAAGAAGAUGAACAAGCAGACGUUUGUGGAGCGCUGCAGCCUGUGUCAGGCGACGCUGCCCUUCACCGACCACAAACACGCUGUGUGUGAAAACGGCCACAUGUGGCUCAGGUGUGUGUUGUCAUACCAGGCCUGCCAGACGCUGACGUUCAGACGUUGCCUCCUGCUGGAUACCAUCGCCAGACUGCCAGAGCCUGAGGACCCAGACUGGAUAAAGAGGAUCCUGCAGGCACCGUGCACGCUCUGCGACUCUCCAAUGAUCUAGAGCUGGACGACCUCCGGCACCUACUUUCUCAGACGUCACUGUUUUCUGUGACAUUUUUGUAUUUGUUCACACUUCGUAUUGCUUUAUAUUAGUAUCUUAAAAGUGCAAAUAAAAGACUUUGAUUAUU